AGAGCAGUGAAGUUUAGCCUAGCAGGAAACACCGAAGCUACCGCAGCAGAGGUGGAGGAACAAGGAGCAGUUUUUAGUUUUUGCUGUUUCUCAGACGUGAUUUUUCCUCGGCUUUACUGUAUUUACGGAACCCUUGGAGUACUCUUAGUCGGACUGGUCACAUUUCCUGGUUGUAUGGGGAGAGGGCUCCUCGCUAACUAAAACACCAUACACUAUCGCAACCGACGGCUGUAACGUUUAUAACUGUGGAUAUCGGCGGAGCAACGGCCGUUUGAAUCAGUGUGCGUCAGCGGGCCCACAGGCUCCACGCUGGUGCUGAGACAGGAUGAAGAGGUUCAGGCGACAUGGCCAGGAGUCCCAACGAGAUCGACUCAAACAGGAGCUCUUCCAGUUCAACAAGACGGUGGAGCAUGGAUUCCCCCACCAGCCCAGCGCUCUGAGCUACAGUCCCUCCCUGCAGCUGCUCGCCAUCGGCACACGCUCCGGAGCCAUCAAACUAUAUGGGGCUCCAGGUGUGGAGUUCAUGGGUCUACAUGAUGAAAAUGCAGCUGUCACGCAGGUGCACUUCCUCCCCCACCAGGUUGAACUGGUGACUCUGCUGGAUGAUAACAGUCUGCACAUGUGGACUUUAAGAGCCCACAAGGGACUGUCUGAGCUGCUGGAGAUAGGACGCUUCUCACUCACUGGACCACCUGGGGCUCCUCCAAAUGUCACCAGAGUGACAGCGGUGCUUGCUCACUCCUCAGGGGAGCUGCUGCUGCUGGGGACAGAAGCAGGACAUGUUUUCAUCGUUGAAGUGCCCGGGUUCAGAGAGCUGGAGGAGAGAAACAUCAGUCUGGAUCAAGUCGCAAGCAGUGUACCAGACGAUUACAUCGGCCGGAGGAACCUGGAACACGUGGAAGCCCUGCAGGAGAACCCGCUCAAUCCUAACCAGGUUGUUAUCGGCUACGGGCGAGGUCUCAUGGUCAUCUGGGAUCUAGAGAAACAAUGCGCCAUCCAACACAUCCCAGCCACACAGCAACUGGAGAGCGUGUGGUGGACAGAAGACGCUGGCUACAUCCUCAGCUCACACAGUGACGGCAGCUACUGUCGAUGGAUGGUUGGAGUAGAGGACCUGAACGACGAGGAGGAGAAAUCAGACAUUCCUUACGGACAUUUCCCUUGCAAGGCCAUUUCUAAAAUAGUUCAGCUGCCGACAGAAGAAGGUCCUCCAUUCUUGCUGUUCAGCGGUGGUAUGCCCAGGGCCAGCUAUGGGGACAGACACUGUAUCACAGUGAUCCAUGGCAAAACACACGUGGCUCUGGACUUCACCUCCAGGAUCAUCGACUUCUUUGCCAUCAGAAGUGGACCGCAGCACACAGGAGAUCCCAGUGCGCUGGUGGUGCUGGUAGAGGAGGAGCUGGUGGUGAUCGACCUUCAGACGGAGGGCUGGCCCGUCAUUCAGACGCCAUACCUGGUUCCCCUCCACAGCUCAGCCAUCACCUGCUCCCACCACGUCUCCGCCAUUCCCCUCAAACUGUGGGAGAGGGUUAUUGCUGCUGGAGACCUGCAGAAGACGCAUUACUCCAAAAAGCCGUGGCCGAUAACAGGAGGACAGAAUCUGGCCCCGGACCCUCCACAGAGAGACCUGCUGCUCACAGGGCAUGAGGACGGGACGGUGCGGUUCUGGGAUGCCUCAGGAGUCUGUCUUUAUCCCAUGUAUAAGUUAAGCACAGCUGGAGUUUUCCACACAGACGCCGACCCCAACGAUAACAUGAACCAAGGAUCUGAAGGAGAAUGGCCGCCAUUCAGGAAGGUCGGCUGUUUCGACCCGUACAGUGACGACCCCCGGCUCGGCAUUCAGAAGAUCCAUCUUUGUAAAUACAGCGGGUAUCUAACUGUGGCAGGUACAGCUGGACAGAUCCUGGUGCUCGAGCUGAAUGACGAGGCAGCGGAUCAGGUAGUGGAGGCUAAAGUUGUGGAUCUGCUGCAGGGCCAGGAGGGUUUCCGCUGGAAGGGCCACACUAGACUGGACGUGCGAGAGGAGCCGGUGCACUUUCCUCCAGGUUUCCAGCCUUUCGCUCUGGUUCAGUGUCAGCCUCCUGCUGUGGUCACCGCCCUCACCCUGCACUCAGAGUGGAAGCUGGUCGCCUUUGGGACGAGCCACGGUUUUGGCCUCUACGAUUAUCAACAGAAAAACAACGUCCUCGUCAAAUGCACACUGAACCCCAAUGACCAGCUGGCUAUGGAGGGUCCUCUGUCCAGGGUGAAGAGCAUCAAGAAAUCCCUCCGGCAGUCGUUCAGGAGAAUCAGACGCAGCAGAGUCUCGCUAAGAAAACAUCACGUCAAUAACGCCGCAAAGCUCCAUGAGGCGAACGCUCGUCUGGAGGCGGAGCUUGCAGAGAUGGAGCUUGCUCCCGUCCAGAGAAAGAUUGAGGCUCGCUCCUCUGAUGACUCCUUCACCGGUCUUGUACGGACGCUCUACUUCGCUGACACCUUCAUCACAGACAGUUCACACAACACACCCUCCCUAUGGGCAGGGACUAAUGGUGGCUGUGUGUAUGCAUAUAUGCUCCGCCUCCCUCCUGUAGAGCACAGAGCAGAUGAGCCUGUCACCGCACAGCCAGGUGAGGAAACAGUGAUUUAUUGUGUUUUGGUUUCUGUUUUCUGUCAUUUUAUCCAUAACUUCCUCUUCUUUAUUUCAGCUAAGGAGAUCCAGCUGAUGCAUCGGGCUCCUGUCGUCGGUAUCGUGGUGCUGGACGGUCAUGGGUCUCCUCUCCCUGAGCCUUUGGAGGUCGCUCAUGACCUCGCUCGCUCACCAGAUAUGCAGGGCUCCCACCACCUCCUGGUCAUAUCUGAGGAACAGUUUAAGGUGUUCACGCUGCCCAAAGUGAGCGCUAAGAUGAAGUUAAAGCUGACGGCGGUGGACGGCUCCAGAGUACGGAGGGUGGGCGUGUCCUGGUUCGGCAGCAGUAAGUCGGAGGAAUAUGGCGAGAGCGGCUUGGUGGUCCUGACCAAUCAGGGCGAUGUCCAUGUGGUGUCGCUGCCGUCGAUCAAGAUGCAGGUUCAGUACCCCUGCAUUCGCAAAGAGGACGUCAGCGGCAUCGCUUCCUGCGUCUUCACCAAACACGGCCAGGGCUUCUACCUGAUCUCUCCGUCUGAGUUUGAGCGCUUCUCUCUGUCCACACGCUUCCUGGUGGAGCCUCGCUGUCUGGUGGAGCUUCCUCUUCAGUCGGGCUCCUCCAUCAAACGUAGGCUUCACUCUGACGGAGCUUCAUCAGCUCACAGUAACACCAGACACGACAGUGAAGACGCAGAGAGCGCAGCUAGACGUGUUAUGGAGCAUGCUUUGCUGAAUGAUGAGCAGGUACUUCAAGAGAUCCAGAAGUCACUAGAAGGAGACCAAACGUCUUUCCUGGAGAACAAUGUGAAGAGUGCUGUAGCGUGAGGAACAUCACUUGACAGCUGAGCGUGAACGGUGAUGUCAAUGUGAUAACUGCAGUGCUGUAGCACCUCCUGCUCUGCUGACACAACCACUACUGACCCCCGACCCCUCGCCUCAGUGACUGACCUCUCUCUCUGAGCUCAUAGCGACCACACAGAGACACCAAAGGACUCCGGCGGUCAAGCUUUAAGCGAGCCGCUCGGCUGUUUGAAGACUCGCUCACUUGCGGUGCAGAUGGAGAAAGAAACACCACCUGUGCCUGAAGACCACACGCUGUACACAGACGCACAGCACGGUCACUGACAUUGAACCCAAAGCUACAUGAAGCACAUUCCUGACACGUGACCAACGCCAAAAUUCAUCCAACCAGCACCCUGAUACUGCCACCGAUCGAAGUGGUUUAAUAACCUCCACGCCUGCAUCCUGAAGCCUUCUAUCACCACCAGCCUUUUCACUAGAAACGCUUCGUCCAAUCAGCACUCUUCCCUCUGCUGGCCUUCAUCUCCCCACAUGGACAAACAGCUGGAAGGGAACAUGGGGGAAGGACUGAAAUAUUUUGCUAAGAAUAUUCUGUAGCUUGAAUUUAAUGUAAUUUGUGCCUGAUUUCUUAAUUUUUUCAAUUGAAGAAACCUCCGAUUUAAACGGUUGAAGCUCAUUUCUGCAGAGAAGACGUAGAAAAGGAAAGAACUAAACUCGCAGUUUGUCAAAAUUGUUAUACAAAACCACAGGAACCUGAGUGAACAAAACAUUUUUAAUUUAUAAUUUAUUAUGUAGCCGUUUAAGUAUUUUAUUUAGUUGACAUGUUCGAAAAUGUGCAAGCUAAAAAGGUCAGAAUUUCUUUUAAAGUCAUGACAUUUUGGCUCAUGGUUUUACAUUUUUGAUUAUCUUUUCAUCCUUUUUACAACCGUUUUUUUAUAGAAGCCUUAAGCAUUCACUUAAAAAAGAAGAGAAAUGCUGUUUUUUCUGCAUUAAUGUUUUCACAAAUUGGAAAUGUAAUCGUUCUUUGUUCUCCACAAUGUUUUGAUGAUAACCACUGCCCUAAAAGAUCCCCAAAAAAACUAAAAAACUAUUUAGUACACAUGCCAGGCCAGUAAUGAGCAGUUUGACUUUAUAAUAAAACAACACAAACAUAUGAAAAUACGCUUCCUUCUGCAAAGCUGUGAGAUGUUAAUGUACGGACAUGUCUAAUACCCUCCCCCAGUUUCACCGUGGUAAACGGUAUUACCACCAGGUGUUCAGAAAUCACAUUAUACAGGCACUUGUCAGUGUACACGUGCAAGCACCGUGGGCAGAGUGCACGCCUCCACCGGCGUUUCAUAAAUCCCUUUAUCAAAAUGCUUAACAUGCCUUGCUAGGAAUGGUCACAGAGACCUUGCCUCACUUCACCUUGUGAGACAGCCACAUCUAGUGGAUCUGUUUACCUUAAUAAAAUAGACUCGUGCAAGUAUGAGGGCAGAAUAAACAAAUAGCACAACCAAACAUGCUUGCUAAUGUGGUACUACAAACUCAACCAUUUCCAACAGCAUUCAAAGUGGUGGACACGAUCAGCCCUGUGAGUUUAUAAUUAAAAGGAAGUGAAAAAAGAUGUUAACAUCAACACUGUCCAUGCUGUAUGUGGCUGUAGGAUUAACA